AUGAAGAUGGCAGAGUACGUCAUCAAAACGUUGGUUAAAAUCUAUACCUGUACCCAUCUCAAAGCCGGAGAAGAGUUUAUUCGACACAUAAUUCUGACAACAAUCAGUAUAAAAAUCUCCCCAAAGCAUGGAAAGGAACAAGUGAAGAAUCAAGGCUCCGAUAAUAACUCUCAACCAGUUCACUGCAGAGAAGCAAAGAAAUGUUUUAAUUAUGAUCUUAUUUGUGAAAACUCAGGUUAUGAGGUUCGACAUUAUAAUUUAUCAACAUGGAUUGCAACCAAUGGAACAAGUUUUUUUAUGGAAUUUGCCAGCAAUGAAGGAUUUACAAAACUCUUUCAAUAUAUCCAGGGCAAAAAUGAAGAAGGCAAGAAAAUUAACAUGGCAGCUCUUGUUCUGCUUCAGAUACCUGAAAGUGAAAGAAUAAUGGAAAUGAAGAAUUACAUUGUCCACUUCCUGUUGCCAGUGGCUUAUCAAGAAAACCCUCCGACACCCAUUGACCCUGAUGUUUAUUUCAUUGAGUUCCCAGAGAUGUAUGUUUUUGUGAAAUUCUUUGGGGGUUCGUUACUGACAUGGAUCAAAUUCUAUUCCUCGAGACUGAAAGCAGAACUGAGUAAAGCUGACCAGAGUUUUAUCUCUGAUUAUUAUUAUGUCUCUGGAUACAACAGCUCAGAAGAGGUGGAAGUUGAAGAAAAAGAUUGGGGGCCCAAGAUGUUGGUUGGUCAGCACACUGAAGUGUGGUAUGUUGCAGAAGGAACUCCAGAGUGUUCAACUUUAGUCCCUGAACUCUCCACAUAGGACCCACUUGAAGAACUUUUCUUAUGAUUUUUAAAAAUCUGGUGUAACACAUUGUAUUUGUAUUCAUAGCUUGUGGUUUCAUAGACAGGAACCUGUCAUUAUUAUCUGUCUGGAUUGACAAACAUAUCUGAUGACAUUCUCCUCUAUCGCUCAAAAAAGACAUUACUUUCAGCUUUUGAAACAUUGAGACUUGAUUAGCAAAGGUCAUGAAUUUUUUCUCUUGAAACGAAGUUUCUGCAAGAGAGAUUUUUUUGCAUUCUAUUAAUUGCUGGUAUUUAAUUACAAGAGAUAAAAAGAAUGUAGUUCUUUCCAGGGUUGUUUUUUUUCCCCUCUGUUCUUUGCACAUUCAGUAUGUUAGCGCUCAACACUUAAAAUGCUGGCAAAAUAAUCUGUUACCAAGCACUUCAACACACACACACAAUUGACCAAUAAUACAAUUCCAUCUGCAACUUGGGUUAUUGACUUUGUUUUUUUAAAAAAAAGUUGCCGAUCCAGUAUCAGAAUAAAUAUUAUGACUAUCUAACUGAAAAGCUCUAUAUCAUUUGCUAUGUUAAUCCAUGGCCUCCUCUACUGCCACAAUGCCACACUCCGGUUGGAGGAACAACACCUUAUAUUCUGUCUGGGUAGCCUCCAACCUGAUGGCAUGAACACCAAUUUCUUGGACUUCCUGUAAUCCCCUCCCUCCAUUCCCUAUUCCUGUUAACCUCUCCCAUCUUAGCUCCUUACCUGCCCAUCACCUCCCUCUGGUGCUCCUCACCCUUCCCUUUCUUUCAUAGACUCCUCUCCUACCAGUCUCCCUUUUCUCCAGCCUUUUAUCUCUUUCACCAAACAACUUCCCAGCUCUUUACUUCAACCCCUCCCCCUCUCCUGGUUUCACCUAUCACUUUGUACCUCUUCUUCCCCUCACCCUAUCUUCUUACUCUGACUUCUCAUCUUCCUCUCCAGUCCUGAUAUGUGUGUUAUUUUGGAUUUCCAGCAUUUGCAGAUUUUCUCGUGUUUGUGAUACAUUUUGUUGAUUUAGCUUCUGAGAAGUAAUCCUGAGGUUGAAUAACUUGCUGUUUUUCCUCAAUCUCCCACUACUUAAUCAACACAACAAGUUAGCAGUGGUGACAAAACUGCCCUGGGGAUAUCCUAAAAUAAAAAUUGGGUAUUCUGGUAUUCAAUAUUGAACAUAAUUAUACCAUUAUUCUUGCCUUAUCAGCAUUAAAUCACAAUGCUUGCCACUAGACCAUGUAAUUAUUCAACAAAUUUCAACCUUCACUGUAGCCUCUUCAAAAUGCUGUUAUAUUGUAUAUCUGAUUAUUGAAAUCGCUAGGCAAUUAAUUUUAGCUUAUCACCUGUCCUUUCUAACUAAGCUACACACAAAAAAUGCUGGAAGAAUGCAGCAGGUCAGGCAGCAUCAAUGGAAAUUAAUAAGCUUUCAACGUCUGGGCCAAGACCCUUCUUCAGGACUGAGAAGGAAGGGGGAAGACAACAGAAUAAAAAGGUA